UGAAAGGCUGGACGUUGUUUACUUUUUUUAGGAUGUUUUGGGAUGGGACACGGACAUGAACCAGCUAGCUACUGUAGCCAGUGAACCACAUUAAGCAUAUAUAUAUAUAUAUUUGCAACAAUGUCUAAAAUACAGUGGUUAAGAGUGUUUCUCAAUGAGCGAUUAAUAGCUGCUGCUGAAGAGAUUUUCGGGGCAGUUGAAAAAACGAUAGCAGAAGAAGUAUCCCGUUCAAAGGAGGAAAAUGGCCGUUUACAGAGGCUACUUGAUAUAACGCUCUUAAAGCUACACAGGGCAGACAUGCUCCAACAGAUCUCUCAAGAGGACGUUCCCCCUGAUCAACAGGAUUGUGUGCAGGAGUGGAUCCCCAGUCUAGGACAAAAGGACCUAGAGCCUAAACAGAUUAAAGAAGAACAGGAGGAACACAGGACCAGUCGGUGGGAAGAGCAGCUAAAAGAUGACAUGAAAAACUCUAUAUUAACUCCUACUUUUAUGGAACGUGAUAGUGAGAUCUCAGCUCUGCCGUCACAUCUUUAUCAAGCUCAAAAUCAUGGAGAAGAGGAGAGCUUUCUGCCCAGCACCUCAACUGCACAUAUUAAAACAGAAACUUGUGGAGAGGACUACACAGUAUCAGAAACAACCAGUGAUUCUCAGCAUAUUUCUACAGGAAAUCCAUACUGUUCUGCAGCUCAGAGUAAAAACACUGAAGGGAUGGGAAUUGGAGGUGCUCUGUCACGUAGUACGCCAAUUAGAUCAAAGAAAAUGUUGGCAACUAAAGGACAAAAAUCUCUUAAGUUCAGAAAAAACCCUGACUUGUCCAAUCUGAAAUCACACAGGCAGAGUGACAAUACCCCUUGCCGUUGUAAAGUGUGUGGAAAGGCUUUCCAGUACAUGGGUUCAUUAAUGAAACAUGUACAAACUCACACAAGAGAGAAAGAACAUAUUUGUGGUGUGUGUGGAAAAUGUUUUGAGUCCACAGAAAGUACAAAACAUCACAUCCAAACCCACAUUGCAGAUAGGAUGUGUUGUCAUAUUUGUAGUAAAUGUUUCACUAGCAAUAGGGAUCUCAUUGUGCACAUGAGAACCCACACAGGGGAGAAACCGUAUAUAUGUUCAGAGUGUGGCAAGGAAUUCAGUGUUCGCAAUAGUCUGAAAAGGCACAUGAAGAUUCAUGCUGGAAGUAAAGGAUAUUGUUGCAGUCAUUGUGACAAGAGUUUCAGCAGUAGCUUCUGUCUUACAUUUCACAUGAGGAGCCAUAGGGUGCCUUUCAUGUAGCAAACCUUUACCCAAUCAUGUGAUUAGAAGAGUUAUGCUUGGCUAAAUGCGUCCAAGUGGAAUAAUUGCAAUACAAAAUGUAGUGGAAGCAUCUGCUUUAAUUUUAGAUACAGGUCACUGUCAUAAACAGUAAUGUUGUUCACCUAGAUCUUUGUAGUCCUAAAUGCUGGAGUCACUACGUAAGAGAGAUUAAUAGAAAUAAAGUUAGGUCAGUGGUAAUUUGCUUAUGUGGAGUUUGAUAAUUGACUGUCAACUCAUCUUUGGGCUCAUUUAUCAGCCAUACAUUUCACUAAAUGUUGGCGCAUGUGGAACUCUUAGUGUUUGCAUGUGCAACAGAUUAUUUUCAAACGGUUGCAUGCAAUUAAUAUGGAUAUUUCCUUUUUUUUUUUUUAUUUACCACAUUUAUCUCCUAAAUUUCUGGAUAUGGCAUUUGUCAUAAAGCUCUGUUUCAUCGCAGUAACUCCUAAUGGACUCUGGACAGUUGGUUACAAGAGAUGUCUUCCAAAAUAAACCCAAUGGCAUUCUCAUUCUUAUCAUGUUGUUCACUCAAUCAAGCCUAGACCAAAAUCCUCAUGCACUAAAAGGGACAUUUUCUAGCCUUCUGCCUUGAGCUCACAGCAGUCUAUAUAGCAUUAAAGCAUUCUAACCCACUGUUAUAAUGUAAUGAGGCAAGGCAACAACAUUUGAUUUUAACCCCGCCCCAAACCCUGAGGGUACUGGCAAAUUGUACCACCAUCUGCGGACUAAUCCACAAGCAAGCUUUGAACUUGGGUCUCACAAUGAUGUAGUUGUGAAGCAGUGAUGUUUCCAUUGUUACAACCCUACCUGGAAAUCUCUGCCCUACACCAUUUCUAAGAUAAAAUUCAGUUUCUGUAAUGGUGUGAGGAGAAGGUUUUAGUCUUUUACACAAAACAUUUUACAAAACAACAUGCAUGCCAUUGUCAGUGCCAAACCCCUGCCGUACAUUCUGUGAGAUUCGCGGUCAAUUCCGGCAGAUUGGAAACAAAUAAGCCCACACUUCUCUGAAAAUACAAAUAGUUGUUUCAUAUUUUGUUACUCUAUGGUCAUGUUUUUCUGCCUUGAAAUAAACUGAGAUGAAAUUGGAGAUGAUAGCAGGCGCUGCAAUAGUGUAUGGUACAUUUAUACAGGCAUACUGUGGUCUAUAUAUUCAGUCAUGGUUGGUUGAAUUAUUAAUGUUAUUUGUUUUAAUGCGUAUAGUAGCGGGAAUAAAACUGUCAUGUCAGAAAAUUUUACAUUUUCUAUGGUAGAGAUAAAGGCAUGAUGAAAGUACACAUGCAUAUAUAGGCUACUGCUCUUUAGCAACACAUUCUAGAUUAUUUUAUAAUACCAUCAUCAUCAUCAUCUUCCGCUUAUCCGGGGCCGGGUCGCGGGGGCAGCAGUCUAAGCAGAGAUGCC